AUGCUUGUCUAUCAGGAUCUUCUUACAGGUGAUGAGCUUCUUUCUGACUCAUUCCCGUACAAGGAAAUUGAGAAUGGAAUGCUGUGGGAAGUGGAAGGAAAGUGGGUUGUUCAAGGAGCAGUUAAUGUAGAUAUUGGUGCCAACCCUUCUGCAGAAGGAGGAGAGGACGAUGAGGGUGUUGAUGAUCAAGCUGUGAAGGUGGUUGAUAUUGUUGACACUUUUAGGCUUCAGGAGCAACCACCUUUUGACAAAAAGCAAUUUGUGACUUACAUAAAGAGAUACAUUAAGUUGCUGACACCCAAAUUAGAGGCAGAGAAGCAAGAGUUGUUCAAGAAACACAUUGAGGGAGCAACAAAGUUCCUUCUCUCAAAGCUCAAAGACCUCCAAUUUUUUGUGGGUGAGAGUAUGCAUGAUGAUGGGAGCCUUGUCUUUGCUUACUACAAGGAAGGCGCCACUGAUCCAACCUUUAUCUACUUUGCCUACGGGUUGAAGGAAAUCAAGUGCUGA